UCGGCUACCCAGGCACAUAUCAUAUGCGAGAAGUCCGUAAAUCAGGGCACACACAAGCAUGGAUUGAUCUCUUGAAGGCGAAAGAGGAGGGGAAAGUCCCUACUAGAGGGGAUUUCGACGCUUUUCUAGGAGAAUACUCAUGUCUGUCGGAUAUCCCCGUCGCCAUCUUCGCCGCCGAGUUGAUAGCCGCGUACCCUGCCGCCAAAGUGAUCCUGUCCACCCGCGAUGAGGAAGGAUGGAUGAAAUCCAUGCACCAGACAAUCUGGCACCACAGAUCGACGGGAGCAGAGCGCGCUGUGGACGGAUCGGUCCCCAAUGAGCGUUCCAGCGUCAUCGAUCUGUGCCAUGAGCAGCUGUGGCGGAAUAACUUCGAGGCGUAUGGACGAGACUGUUUCCGCAGCCAUAACCGAGAGGUGGCCAGGUUGAUGGAGUCUCGUCCAGGGGACUUUCUUAUAUAUGAUGUUCGUCAGGGAUGGGAGCCUCUCUGUGCGUUUUUGGGCAAGGAAGUGCCUGUUGAUGGGUUUCCUCAUAGGGAUGACUGGAGUGAUUAUAAGGGAAAGCAAAUGUCUUCUAUAUAAACAGUUUAAUAUCCUCCCGUAA